AUGGCUUCGACGGAUCUUGAUGCGCUGGUUGCCCUGUUUCGCUCGACUGGCGGGGCUAGAUGGUGUGAGAAAGACGACGGGGACAUUGCUGCUGAGCUUGCAAAAUGGUCCGGCGUCGAUCUCAACGACGAGGGCCGUGUGGUGCAGCUUUUUCUGAACGAAAACGACCUCCAAGGCGCCAUCCCCAAGAAGCUGGGAGUCCUUGCCCUGCUCGAGAUUCUAAACUUGGGCUCCAACAAACUCACAGGUGCAAUCCCUGCGUCGCUGGGACACCUCGGUAGCCUGCAGCAGCUCUACCUAUCUGGAAACGAGCUAACCGGACACAUCCCCCCGGAGCUGGGAGAUCUCAGCAACCUGCAAGUUCUUGUGCUGUCAUCCAAUCAGCUUUCCGGCGAAAUCCCGGCGUCACUUGGACAGCUCGUCAAGCUGGAAACUCUCUCCCUCGACCGAAACAAACUCAGCGGACAGAUCCCCGUGGAGCUAGAAGCUCUCCGCGAGCUGAGGAAGCUCAUGGUCGAAGACAACCAGCUUUCUGGCCCAAUCUCUCCGAAGCUGGGGAAAUUGGCAGCACUGCAACACCUCGUCCUUAGCAACAACCAUCUUAGCGGUCCCAUCCCCACAGAACUAGGAUCUCUGAGCGCGCUCCAGCACCUGUGGCUCGACGGCAAUCAGCUUUCAGGGCCCAUCCCCAAGGCGCUGAGAUCUCUGACCAAGCUGGAGACGCUGUGGCUCUCAGACAAUCACCUCACUGGCCCCGUCCCUCCGGAGCUGGGAGAUCUCGGAACACUGGGAUGGGUCAAUUUUGCAGAUAACAAUCUGAGCGAACUCUGGGACCACACCCAACACAUUCAAGACAUUGGCCACGCGAUGGGGGCUUCCAGUAUGCCAGGUGGGCAUAUUCCAGGCCAGCUGUGCCGGUUGCUUGACAUUCUAGAUCGUACGCGUGCCAUGGGGACAUUUCCUGGUCUGGAUGGUAACCCGUGGGCUGAGCCGCCGGAGUCCAUCGUGGCGAAAGGCCCGAACUGGAUCAGAUCUUACUUCAAGGAUCUGUAUGCUGAACCCUGUUGGGUCCAGCGCAGCAGCGUCAAGGUUGUGAUCGUCGGACAGGCGGGCGCAGGAAAAACAAGCUUGCGCCAGAGCAUGAAGGCCAACAAGGCAACUCCUACGGCCAUGUGGAAUGAGGAGAGCACAGUUUUGGCUGACGUGGAGCCCAUGGAGCUAGGAGGCUCAUCAGUUCGGGUGUUCGAUUGCGCAGGACAGAUGUUCCUGACACCACGGUCUGUUUUCGUGCUAGUGUGCAACGCCGAGGCGUUCGAACAACAGCGAGGUAGCGAUCAUGAUCCGUUCGAGGAAGACUGCCGCAAGCUGGAGGAAUGUGUGUUCAAAUGGUUGCGAUCGAUAUCUCGACGCGUUCCCGACAGCAACAUCAUCCUCGUUGCUACCAAGUGUGAUUUGGUGCGAGGCAAGGCUGUUGACGUUGGCAGAAGAUUGGAGCAGGCCAGUCAAAUGUUCCUGAACAGCUGGGUCCGCGAUGGUAUGAAGCCCGUGCAGUUGGAGCAUGGUGUUUGCCUCACGAGCUGCUCCCCGACGGCCAUUGGUGAGGAUGGGGAGACAAGCACCGGAAACCACGCGUCGGAGGAUGGUUGGCCGUGCGACUGGCGGGAAGACGGAUACGAUAACCCGUCGACCAGUUUGCUCCACCGGCUCGUUAACAAACCCGACGGGGGUGGUCCUCGAGGAGCUCAGAUGGUACUUCCUCGCAGCUGGGGUAUCGCCCUCACCGUACUUGAAGCUCUCGAGAUUGGACGAGAUCCCGUGGAGAUGGUAACGCAGAGUGCAGCUAGCCCUGGCAGAGGAGACGCGGCGAAAACAGCAGGGGCCGAGGCACAGGUGUAUGCCGGGAUCACGGCUGAGGACCUCAGGACCAAAUGGCAGGAGGCGGUUGAAAAACUCGCGAAACGAAAGAUCACGGUCGUAAACCCCGAAAAUGCGUUGGAAGGAGCUCUGUCCAUCAGGGAGUUCGACGGAUCUGUCGUUCGCCACGAGACGUUUGUCUUUCUGGACGUCGUUUGGCUGGCCAGAAUCCUCAAACCUUUGCUGAAUCACAAGGGUGAAGAGAUAUUCGACGGGCUUGUGAAUCUUGGGGACACAGGCGACACGCGUCUCACCCUCGAGGACCCAUUGGACAUCGUUUCGUGGUUCAGGCUCAAGAGGGAGGGAGUGCUCGAACCCCGGUUAGCGCGUGCGAUGUGGCCUCAUGGUCUGUCCGAGUACGUUCUCCCCACUCUUGCGACCCUAGGUCUGGCGUUCCCACUCGAAGCCGAUCGUAAUGGGGGGCUUGUAGUUCUGCUACGGCUACCACCAGGCCGCCCCGAGCGUGUGGGCAAAGUGAUGGACACAUUCCACUUGGAUCAAACCCCGGCCUUGUAUGCGAGUUGGAUUUUUUUCCUCGGGGUACCGGCUGGUGUGAUUGAAAAAGUGUUGACACGGUGCUGCAGCCUCGGCGGCGUGCUAAUGUUCUGGCGGUCUGGGGUGCUUGUGCAUGGCCAUCUCGGCGACCAAGAUGGGAACGGAAUAUUUGCCGUGGUCUUGGAAUACUCGUCCUCCGACAACGAACUGACCACUCCAGCUCCGUGGACGGCCCUUUGUUACGUCGCCUCGGCCGUGAGGUUGAUGCUGCUGGAUUUCCCAGGACUGUGCUCGAAAGGCUCUCUGAAGUGUCCUCAGCAUGGCAACGGCAUGCUCUUGACCGACACGGCGGCUCACCCGGGAGAUAAAGUUGUGGACAGCAGAGGAUGCCCACUCUGCAGCUCCGAGCUCGGGGGGCUUGGGGCCAUGGCCAAUGAUCUCGUGCGCAUGGUAGACAUCCGGCUGGACCGAGGUGUCAUUUUCCAAGAGGUCGAGGCAAGGUUCGUCAACCUGGAGCGUCAGUACUCCUUCCCUAGCCCAGUGGCGAGCUCCGAUGGGGAGGUGCUGCUUCGAAAAAAGAUCGAUUUGGUGGAGAACAUGAUGAAGGACAGGUCGGACAACGUGUUUGAGAGCACCCAGGAAAGCCUUGUGCGCCUCAAGAACUUGCAGGCCCCGAACUACCUAUACCCUAACCUUGUGACAGUGGAGGAAGUUGCAUCUGGUAGCACGCCGUCGAGGGCUAAUGGGAUGAAGAGGGUGCUGGGCAAGCUUCGUGGUGUAGGGAAGAAGGAGAUGGUGCUGCACUUCUUGUGCCCGGUCGACAUGACCAAGGUGUCGUGCGGCUACGGUGGCGAAGGCUAUCGGUUUCUGGAGACGCGUGGGUGGGUCAAGAAAAUAACGCCUUCGAUACAGGUGGCCGUGGUGACCGCGAAGGUGGCGCUGAAGGCAAUGGUAGGGCGCAACGUGGACAUGUCGGAUUUCCUGAAGGGCGUGAAGGACGGGUUGGUCGAUGAACUGGUCGACCGCAUUCUCGACGAGGAGGCGCUACUUCGUGUUGCAUCGGGUGAGGAGAAUGUCGGUGUUGACAUGCAAAAGGAUACGAGGGCCUCGUACGAAGCGCUGAAGAAGCUCAUGGACAAGGAGCAAGUUGGCAGGCUUAAGAACGCCAGGGAUGGUGAUGGCUACGUCGACUUCAGGGACAAAAUGAAGCGUGUUCCGGACUGA